AUCAGAGGUAGCGCUAGCUGAAGAGAUGGCACUAAAAACAAAAUGGCGUAUUUUUUAUUACAAGAAGAAGAAGAAGUCGAAGACGACGUGAACAUCUUUUGUAUGCCGAAAAAGUGCAUUUAAAAACAAGUGGCCAACGGGGAAAGCGUAAACAUUUGCCAGCGAUUGUGUACAAGUGUAUUGCCCGUAUUUAAUGAGCGCUACAAGGCAACUAAGAGUGCUACCACGACAAUAUAAUGAGCCAGGCACUCAAUGAAUCCGCGAAUAGUGUUGGCUCAGACGAACAAGAUGAUAAUCGGGACGAGGCCAAUCUCAGUGAAAACAGUGGCAGCGGAAGCGGGAGUGGCUCAUCCGGAUCGGACUCGGAUUCGGACAGCUCCAGCGGAAACUCUAGUGAUGCCUCCACGGAUCGGGAGGCCAAGUCGCCGACGACGGCCGGCUUCCCGCCAACAGCAGCUGCGGCUCAAGCGGAUAGCAAAACAAAUGGAUUCACAGACGACCAGGACAGCUCUAGUGCUGGUUCGAGUGGCAGCGAUUCAGAAUCGGAGACUGAGGCACCACAGCCUGACCAGAGCAACAGCAAGUCUAACGAGAGCGUCGACAGAAGCUCCUCGCGAACGGGGCAGGAUGAUGAUGACGACGAUGAGGAAACUGGACAGCAGAAUGCCACCAGCGAGCCCUCUGCCGACGAAGCCAGUGAUAGUUCCGCCAAAGUCUCUUCCACCUCCAGCAGCAGCAGCGAGGACGAUGAAGAGGAUUACAGACCAAAACGUACACGCCAGGCUAGGAAGCCGCCAACCGCCGCUGCUGACAAAGCUAGGCGUGCUCCGGCUCCCAAGAAGAAAAAGAAAACCUGGGACUCGGACGAAAGUGACGAGAGCGAGGAGAGUGACGAGGACACAUCCGCCACAAACAAACGCAAGCCUGCAGCCGGUGCCUCCCGGAGCAAGGCAGCUCAACAGCAGCAGCGACGCAGGAUAAAGUCCUUCAGCUCUGAGGAUAGUGAUGACGAUGAUGCCAGCAAGAGAUGUGCUACCCGACGCACUGCAGCUGCCGUCAGUUACAAGGAGGCUUCUGAGGACGAGGCUACCGACUCGGAAGACCUGCUGGACUUUGAAUACGACGAGAGUCAGGCAGCUGCCUCUGCGGCCGCCGCCGAAGAGGAGGAGAAGUGCGAGACCAUAGAGCGCAUCCUUGCGCAGCGGGUGGGCAAGAAAGGAUGCACUGGCAACCAGACGACGAUAUACGCCAUCGAGGAAAACGGAUUUGAUCCGAAUGCCGGUUAUGAGGAGCAGGAAAACUCCGAGAAUGAUGCUAACUCGGAGUGCCAGUUCCUGAUUAAGUGGAAGGGGUGGUCCUACAUCCACAACACGUGGGAGUCGGAGACCACGCUUCGCGAGAUGAAGGCCAAGGGCAUGAAGAAGCUGGACAACUUCAUCAAGAAGGAGCAGGAUCUGACCUACUGGCGCCGAUACGCCGGCCCCGAGGACAUCGACUACUUCGAGUGCCAGCUGGAGCUGCAGCAGGAGCUGCUCAAGUCGUACAAUAACGUGGACCGCAUCAUCGCCAAGGGCUCCAAACCGGAUGACGGCACCGAGGAGUACCUGUGUAAGUGGCAGUCGCUGCCAUACGCCGAGUCUACCUGGGAGGACGCCGCUCUGGUGAUGCGGAAGUGGCAGCGCUGUGCGGAGCAGUUUAGCGAGCGCGAAUGCUCAAAGUGUACGCCCUCGCGCCACUGCAGGGUUCUCAAAUACCGACCGAAGUUCUCACGGCUGAAAAACCAGCCGGAGUUUCUGUCUGCCGGCCUCACCCUUAGGGACUAUCAAAUGGACGGCCUGAACUGGCUGCUGCACUCGUGGUGCAAGGAGAACUCGGUUAUCCUGGCCGACGAGAUGGGGCUGGGGAAGACCAUUCAAACGAUUUGCUUUUUGUACUCGCUGUUCAAGGUGCACCACCUCUACGGGCCGUUUCUCUGCGUUGUGCCCCUGAGUACGAUGACCGCUUGGCAGCGGGAGUUCAAUCUGUGGGCGCCGGACAUGAAUGUGGUCACCUACCUGGGCGACAUCAAGUCGCGCGAGCUCAUCCAGCAGUACGAAUGGCAGUUUGAGGGCUCCAAGCGCCUCAAAUUCAACUGCAUUCUCACCACCUACGAGAUCGUCCUCAAGGACAAGCAGUUUCUGGGCACUCUCCAGUGGGCGGCGCUACUGGUGGACGAGGCGCAUCGCCUGAAGAACGACGACUCGCUGCUGUACAAGUCCCUCAAGGAGUUUGACACCAACCAUCGGUUGCUGAUCACCGGCACACCGCUGCAGAACUCCCUGAAAGAGCUGUGGGCGCUGCUGCACUUCAUCAUGCCCGAGAAGUUCGACACGUGGGAGAACUUCGAGCUGCAGCACGGCAAUGCCGAGGACAAGGGAUAUACGCGUCUGCACCAGCAACUGGAACCGUACAUCCUGCGGCGGGUGAAGAAGGACGUGGAGAAGUCGCUGCCGGCGAAGGUGGAGCAGAUUCUUCGCGUGGAGAUGACCUCGCUGCAGAAGCAGUACUACAAGUGGAUCCUCACCAAGAACUUCGAUGCACUGCGCAAGGGCAAGCGCGGCAGCACCUCCACCUUCCUGAACAUAGUCAUUGAGCUGAAGAAGUGCUGCAACCACGCGGCUCUCAUUCGGCCGUCGGAGUUCGAGUUGAUGGGCCUGCAGCAGGACGAGGCGCUGCAGACGCUGCUCAAGGGAUCUGGCAAGCUGGUGCUGCUGGAUAAGUUGCUGUGCCGCUUAAAGGAGACCGGCCAUCGUGUCCUUAUCUUCUCCCAGAUGGUGCGAAUGCUGGACGUCCUGGCGGAUUACCUGCAGAAGCGCCAUUUCCCCUUCCAGCGCCUCGACGGCAGUAUUAAGGGUGAAAUGCGGCGACAGGCCCUGGACCACUUCAACGCCGAGGGCAGCCAGGACUUUUGCUUCCUGCUCUCGACAAGGGCGGGGGGACUGGGCAUCAAUUUGGCCACCGCCGACACGGUGAUCAUAUUCGAUUCGGAUUGGAAUCCGCAGAACGAUCUCCAGGCGCAGGCUAGGGCCCAUCGCAUCGGCCAGAAGAACCAGGUGAACAUCUAUCGCUUGGUGACCGCCCGGUCCGUGGAGGAGCAGAUCGUGGAGCGGGCCAAGCAGAAAAUGGUGCUCGAUCACCUCGUCAUUCAGCGAAUGGACACCACGGGCCGAACGGUGCUCGACAAGAGCGGCAACGGGCACUCGUCCAACUCGAAUCCCUUCAACAAGGACGACUUGUCCGCCAUCCUGAAGUUCGGAGCCGAGGAGCUGUUCAAAGACGAGCAGGAGCACGACGAUGAGCUGGUCUGCGACAUCGACGAGAUUCUGCGAAGGGCAGAGACCCGCAACGAAGACCCAGAAAUGCCGGGGGAUGACCUGCUGUCCGCCUUCAAGGUGGCCAGUAUAGCUGCCUUCGAGGAGGAGCCAAGCGAGUCGGCCAACAAGCAGGAUCAGAGCGCUGGCGAUGAGGAGGACGACAGCAAGGACUGGGAUGACAUUAUUCCGGAGGGCUAUCGGAAGGUCAUCGAGGACCAGGAGAGAGCCAAGGAAAUGGAAGAUCUCUACCUUCCGCCCCGCCGGAAGACCGCAGCCGCCAAUCAGGCCGACGGGAAGCGAGGUGCCGGAAAGGGCAAGGGCAAGCAGCAGGCGAACGACUCCGCCGACUCCGACUAUGAACUGGGCUCGGACGGUAGUGGCGAUGACGGGCGCCCUCGCAAGCGGGGACGUCCCGCCAUGAAGGAGAAAAUAACUGGCUUCACAGACGCCGAGCUGAGGCGCUUCAUUCGAAGCUACAAAAAGUUUCCGGCUCCCCUGCACCGGCUGGAGGCCAUCGCCUGCGACGCUGAGCUCCAGGAGAAGCCGCUGGCGGAGCUGAAACGGCUCGGCGAGAUGCUGCACGAUCGAUGCGUCCAGUUCCUGGACGAACACAAGGAGGAAGACAACAAGACUGCGACGGUGGAUGAGACACCGGGCGCCAAGCAGCGCCGGGCCCGCGCCACCUUCUCGGUGAAGCUGGGCGGCGUCUCUUUCAACGCCAAAAAGCUGCUGGCCUGCGAGCAGGAGCUGCAGCCACUCAACGAGAUCAUGCCCAGCGCUGCCGAGGAGCGUCAGAACUGGACCUUCAACAUCAAGACUCGGGCUCCACUCUUCGACGUCGACUGGGGGGCCGAGGAGGACACGAAGCUGCUGUGCGGUAUCUACCAGUACGGCAUCGGGUCCUGGGAGCAAAUGAAGCUGGAUCCCGCGCUCAAACUCACGGACAAGAUCCUUCUGAACGACACACGGAAGCCACAAGCCAAGCAGCUGCAGACGCGAGCCGAGUACCUGCUGAAGAUCAUUAAGAAGAACGUGGAGCUCACAAAGGGAGGGCAGCGGCGACAACGUCGUCCUCGCACCAAAGCCGUCGACAGCAAGGCGGCCAGUCAGCAUGGAGCCAGUUCCAAUGUGGAGAGUAAGCCGCACGAAGGCGAGGAGGCUGUGGUGGCCACCGAGAGCAACGCCAGUCAGGCGGAUCAGUCCGCCGGAUCGCCGCACAAUGCUGCGGCCGCUGAACAGACCAGCGGCACUGCGAAGAAGGCCAAGCGGGCCAAGGCCCGGACAAAGAAGACGAGCGCUUCGGACAACAACGGCAACAAGCCGAUGCACUUUACGGCCAACAACGAGCCCCGUGCCCUGGAGGUGUUGGGCGACCUGGAUCCCAGCAUUUUCAACGAGUGCAAGGAGAAGAUGCGGCCGGUAAAGAAGGCUCUGAAGGCUCUCGACCAGCCGGACUUGAGCUUGUCGGACCAGGACCAGUUGCAGCACACCAGGGACUGCCUGCUCCAAAUCGGCCGGCAGAUCGACGUGUGCCUCCAGCCAUAUGGCGAUUCGGAGAAGAAGGAGUGGCGCAGCAACCUGUGGUACUUCGUGUCCAAGUUCACGGAGCUGGACGCAAAGCGUCUGUUUAAGAUCUACAAGCACGCCCUCAAGCAAGAGACUGGCGAGGGGAAGGGAAAGGGCAAGGACGGAGUCAAGGAUGCGGCGGGCAGUCCAAACAAAUCCAAACGCAACGGGCUUCCGACGGAGAAGGAGAAGGACAAGGAGCGUGACAAGGGUGCCGGCAAAAAGAAGAAGAAGGACAAGGAACGGAGCGGGCAGUCUCGAUUCUCAGAGCCUGGUGGCACUCUGGCAUCUGGUCGCUUCGCCAACGACUCGCCGCUGAAGCGGAAGAGGGACGAGAACGAUGCGGAAGGCGGCAGUGCAAUAGCGGGAAUGCCAGGCGGAGGCAUCAGCGACCAACUGAAGUCCAUGUCGUUCAAGCGUCUCAACAUAGAGCGGCACGAGGACCGAAAGAAGCAUCAAAGGGGUGGGGAUUACUACAGUGGAGGUGGCGCACCACCGGGAACUGGUGGCUCCUACGAGGGCAGCAGCGGCAGCAGUAACGCCCGACGGCAAGGCCUCAACUCGCCCUCGACGCCCAACAGUGGUCGAAGUGGUCGUGCCGGUUACGAGCCACCGCCAGCCCCCUCCGGCUACACGCCAGAGUCCGAGCGGUGGCACGCCCGAGAACGUUACAGCCUCGACUACAAACGCGAUAGGUACGAUCCAGGGUAUCCCCGAAGUGGGGGUGCCUCCGGUGGCUAUCAUCGCGAUCAUCGUGAACGUGAUCGCGAUCGACGCCCCGACAAACGUAGAUAUCCUUCCGCCCACCUGCCACCGCAUGCCUACUCCAACCAUUACCUGCCGCCCAACUACUACAUGCCGAAUGGUGUCGUGCCAGGCCUGCCGCCACCGCCACCUGGAUAUCGCAGUGAUCCUCGCGGCUAUCCGGUGAUGCCGCGUGACUAUCCGGCUGAUUACAGACGCAGCGAUUACGAGCGACGCACGCAGACGUGAGGUGCCGGCACCCGAUCUAGAACCGAACCUGAGUUGUACAUAAAACAUCUAGACCUAAGGAAUCGAACCAGCAUACAAUACGUUUAUUGUAGCGCGUAGAUCUGUACAAGAAAUACCUAGCAGCUAGUAUAGGCUACCAUAAAUUAUGUGUCACAUCCGAUCGCACAGCAGCAAGUACUGUAUCAUUGAGCAUGGAGCGCUAAUACCUAAAUGCCACCAGCAAACUAAGUUAGACCUACUGUGUAUAAGUCAAAGGCUUUAACUUUCGUGUUAUUGCUAAGGAAAAACAUUAUUUUUGUACCAUUUAACUACUGUAUAGCACAUGCCUACAAUAGCAGGCGGGUUAUUAUUGAGGUGAGCUGUUAGUAGCCACGACGCAUGGCAUGUGUCGUUUAAAAAGCUUUUAAACAAAGAUCAACAAAUUCUCACUAUUUAUACAUUAACAUAUAUUUGUAAACACAUAACAAAGCAAUGGAAUGGGGCCCGGAAUGCGGGGAUCCAGGAUCCAGUCGUAUCAUUGUAGCGAUGUAUAGCAGCAGACUAUGGAUUUGUUUAAUGUCUAUAUUGCAUUCAACUUUUAUAUACAUUUAGAAAUAAACAGCGAAUGAAUCGGAAAUGUGUAAUUUAGUUAAAUUUAAAGCUAUUAAUAUUAACGGUAUAAUAACAUAAAGUGCGUUGUAGUUGACGUCAAAUCUAUUAUAUCAAUAAAUUAUAAAUUAUAUUCGA